UGCAGCUUCGCGGGCUAAACAGGAAAUUGUCAUGUCAGCAAACAGGGCUGCGUUUCACCAAAACAUCGCAAUAUUGAAAACAGUUUGCGCGGGUACUUCGUCUGUUUUUGAGUGUCCUCAAACUGGCAUUACGUCACAACAAAAUCGAAAAUCAUAAUGAGGAACUGAGAUUAAAAAAAACAACGCUGUCACGAGGCUGUUGGAAACUUGUAAGAAGUCAGAUCAAGGUACUGAACAUUCAGAUGUACUACUCUUAGAAAAACAGCCUCAUACACCUUGCAUGCUCUUUGUUUAAACUAUCACCAGACUGUUUGAUUCUGAGGAUAUUUUUAUAAGCACUCCCAGGAUGAGAGGAAUUGUUGCAUUUUACCUAACCUAUUUGCCAUGCCUGAUACUGGGGAUCAUCUGUGUGGCAUUGGUAGUUCACUGGAAUUACAGCUAUCGAGGUGGAUUUGCAUGGGACGGCUCAGCCAACCACUUCAACUGGCACCCAGUCUUAAUGGUCACUGGUAUGGUGGUGCUUUAUGGGAAUGCGGUCAUAGUGUAUCGUAUUCCUCUGACUUGGGGUCACAAUAAGCUCCCGUGGAAGCUGUUACAUGCUGGACUUCUGCUCCUUUCUUUCAUUCUGUCUGUUAUCGGGCUUUGUGCCGUGUUCGACUUCCACAAUGCAAACAACAUACCCAACCUUUAUUCCCUCCAUAGCUGGGUGGGGAUUUGUACCACUGCACUUUUUACUGUACAGUGGGUUAUGGGUUUUACCACGUUCCUCUUACCCUGCACUCCAAUCUCAACACGUGCUUUUAUAAAGCCAACUCAUGUUUGGAUGGGAGGAAUCAUCUUGGUACUGAGCAUUGUUUCCUGCAUCUCAGGGAUCAACGAAAAGCUCUUUUUUGCACUAAAAGGAAACACCAAUGGCACGCUGUCUUAUUCCACAUUACCACCAGAGGCAAUAACUGCAAAUUCAUUGGGGGUCAUGAUUAUAGCAUUUGGAUUGGUUGUUUUGAAAAUCUUAUCCAAUCAGAUAUGGCAGCGUCCUGAGCCAGGCUAUGAAGAGGGAGUUUACCAGCCGCUGGGGUAUGAUGGAAGCUGAUAUCCUAAAGCUGAAAUAUCUGACAGCUAAAUGUUUAUCUGUGCUCUUCAACGGAAUCAAAGUCCCCUGAUGUUGCAGCUGUUAUCAUACAGAGCACUGCAGUUUACUGCAAAUCAUUUUAUAAUGUUUUACAUUUGAUUUGAUUGUACAGCUGCUGUUGUUGUAGAACAUAAUACAAAUGGUCAUAUAUGUAAAAUAAAAAUGCUUAUUUAUUAUAUGAAAGACUUGUGUAAUAAAUGAUUGAAAUCAA